AAUGAUAAAUAGACCUCCUGUACCAAAAUUUAGUGAUGGAUGCUCUACUCCAAAGAGAUCUUCUGACUUAUUAGAGGAAGUCUCUCAUUUGGUGUUCAAAAUGAAUUUGGAUGAUGCAAUUGAAAAAAAAGCAAUCGCAAUUCUAAAUAACUUAACUCUACCAAACACUUCAUUACAUGCUUAGGCAAUAGUUCAUUGUGCUAUGAGGGAGCUAAAUUACCCAUUACCUAAAGCUGAUGCUAAAGUAGAAUACCUUUCAAAAUGUGUUUAAAAUUAAUACUCCUCCUUGAUUUCUACUUUGUGCUAAAAACUUAAAUUAAAUUCUAAAGCAACUAAAGUUUGUCACAUUCUUUACGAAUAGAUGUAACCCCUCAUCAACAAAUUACCUUAACAACUUCAAAAUGCCAUUUCAGUAAAAAUUGCCACUGAUAUUAUAUAUUUGAAAUAAGGUGGUAUAAACGCAAAAAUAAUUGCUCAAAUAGCAAAUAUUAAAGUAGAAUAGUUGUAAAUUAACUUAAACAGAAUCAAACCAUUUGCUUUUAAAAUUAUACAAGAUCUAUUCAACUACUUUCAUAAUAAUUUGUAAUGAC